UGUGGUUAUUUUGAAUUUGUCUUAGGAAAUAAUGGGGAAAAAAGUUAAGAAGAGGACUCGAGCACCUCCUAAGGAGAAGAGGGUUGUUGUUCAUUCUCCCAAAAAUUCUAGACAACAACCUAGUGUAAGUGAUGGGACUGUUCAGGAUGUAGUUGAAGUAGUCAACGAGAGAAAACCAUGUGUCCAUCUCCAAAAAGAAGUUGAUUUGGAAAAGUUGUCAGUUAAAAUUGGGUUCAGAGCUAUUAGGUGUGAAGAUUGUAGAGAAGGCGCCAACGAAAGGAGAGGGAGUAAAGGAAAGAGUAAACAAGGUAAGAAAGGAAGUGCUUCACUGGAUUCGAAGUCUGAGUCAAAAGCUAUCUGGGUUUGUUUACAAUGUGGGCAUUAUGCUUGUGGAGGGGUUGGAUUGCCAACAGGGGCUCAAAGCCAUGUGGUUCGGCAUGUUAGAUCAACUAGGCAUCAUUUAGUGAUUCAGUGGGAAAAUCCUCAAUUAUGUUGGUGCUUCCCAUGCAAUUUACUCCUUCCAGUUGAGAAAACAGAGGAAAACAGUGAAAAGGAAGACACGUUAGCAGGUGUUGCAAAAUUAAUCAAGGCACGAUCAAUAGAAAGGUCGUCAGUUGAUGUUGAGGAAGUUUGGUUCGGUGGUGGUAGUGUUACAAGUGAGGUCAAAUUAGAAGGCACUGUGUCAGGCAGUGUUACUGGAGGAGGUGGUUAUGUGGCAAGAGGCCUAGUUAAUCUUGGGAACACGUGCUUUUUUAAUUCAGUCAUGCAAAAUCUUUUCGCUUUGGAUCGAUUAAGGAAAUUCUUCUUGAAUGAGGACAUGUCUGCUGGACCUCUUAGUAUUUCAUUGAAGAAGCUCUUUUCUGAAACAAAACCAGAGGCAGGUUUGAAGAAUGUGAUAAAUCCAAGAUCCUUUUUCGGGUCCAUCUGUUCUAAGGCUCCUCAGUUCAGGGGAUAUCAGCAACAUGACAGUCAUGAAUUGCUUCGCUGCUUGCUUGAUGGCUUGAGUGCUGAGGAGUUGGGCUUGAGGAAAAAAUCUGGUGCUUCUGACACAAAUUUGAAUUCCUCCAAUGGAGAUUCCACUUUUGUGGAUGCUGUAUUUGGCGGUCAGAUUUCCAGUACUGUUUGUUGUGUUGAAUGUGGCCACUCCUCAACAGUGUAUGAGCCGUUUUUGGAUCUCUCACUGUCUGUUCCAACAAAGAAACCGCUGACUAAAAAGGCUCAAACUGUUGCCCGAGCAAAGAAAACAAAGUUGCCGCCUAAAAGUAGUGGAAAGAUUCAGUCAAAGCAUAAAAAAGAUGCACCAGGCAAAACUAUUUCAAACCCCUCAGCCAGCAGUGGAUCUCCAGAUCAAGGACAUUCAACUGAACCUCUUACUGCAAAGGUUUCUUCUGCAGAUGAUUCUGCUGAAUCAGGUUCUAUAGGCUCAAUUAUUGAACCUAAUGUAAGUGAUCCAGUUUCACAGAAUUCCUCUGUUGUCCCAGUUUCAAACAAUGAUCAAGCACUCCGUGAUACAACACAGCAAAAGGCUGCUCCAAUUGAUGACUUUACAUGGUUGGAUUACCUUGAACCAGGAACUAUGUCAGAUGAGAAUGACUCGACUUCAAUGAAUAAUGACAUUUAUGUUUUGCACGAUUCUAGCAGCAAAGAUAUGGCUGUGAAUGAUGUCUUAACGGAGAGCAGCGAGGUUUCUUUGGUUGGUGGAGAGCCACAUUUGAAAAGUAGUUCUUCUUCUGGUAAUCUCAGGAAAGAGGAUCUCCCUUUACAGGUUCAAGAUUCUGAAGUUUUGUUGCUUCCAUACAAAGAAGAAAGUUCUGCUAUCAUACAGGUGAUGGCAGGAGACGACGAGGCCUCCUCAUCAGCUGUGGGCUGUGGACAAGAUGCAUCGGAUUUUGAUGGCUUUGGGGACUUGUUUAAUGAGCCAGAGAUUGCUGAAGGGCCCAUAACUGGGCCAUCUUUAGGACCUGAAGUUGCAGGAACUGGUUUUACUGCAAGUAACAGCAGUGAAUCUGAUCCAGAGGAAGUUGAUAACUCAGAUUCGCCAGUAUCUGUAGAUAGUUGCUUGGGUCAUUUCAUAAAGCCAGAACUUCUCACUAAUGAUAAUGCUUGGAUUUGCGAGAACUGUUCAAAGAGCCUUCAACAUCAAAGGUUAGAAGAAAAGAAAGUUAAAAGGGCAUUGAAAAAUUUAACCAGUGGAGGUGAGACUCGGAGCAAAAUUGAUCCCGGG